AUGCUCUCGCCGUCGCACAGGGCUCGUCCGUCUUCGAUUUCUUUAGAAGAAAGACGUCGGUCUCGAAAUCGAAGUCUGUCGAGGUUUGCCUGGAACUAGAAAGAUAUCUCAUCACUGAAGCUUCCAGCCUGUCGCACUACUCGGCCUCUCCUUUCCCCUCCUUCUCGGCCUAUUUGGGAUCCAUCACAAAGGUGAAAAAGUCGGGAUAAUAAUUAAUAUAACCCCCCAAGUUCAGGUAAAGACUGGCGAGACGACGUUCCACCCGUUCGGCGAGGAAGAGCCGUUGUCGCCCAACUCCUGCGUCGGUGCUUGCGGAUCUCUUCAAAGGCCAUAAGAACAAAGAGCUUUCAGGCGUGUUCAACUCGAUGUACUGCAGCGUGUCGUCGGAGUACAGUUUCAGGCCAAUGUUCUGCAUUUCGGACACGCCGCCACUCUGUUCUCCGGAGGAUGACGUCGACCUCUGCUCGGUGGGGAGCAACUUCAGAGACGUUUCAUACUUGCUGUUCAGCCCGACUUCGAGGCGGUCAUCAUCCGAAAGAAGGAGUCGGCCUCUUCCGGCUAUGGCUCGGCUGGGAGCGAAAGCGAUCAGGAUCAGGUUUGACAAGCUUUUUUGGUGGUUCAAUGAUUGAUUUUUGAAGGACAUUUUACUUUAAAUUGAAACUCAGAAACAAAGAAAUUAUCUUAAGACAAAACAAUUGGAUCUUUUUGAUGGUUUUGAAGAAAUGUGGGCAUUUUUUUGAGGGUUUUGUUAAUUUGAAAGACUAAAAUACAAAUAAAACACCUUUUUCAAUGAAUGGGGAGACAAUUCACCCGACAGCAGAACCCUUCUUUCAAAUUUUAGAUGUUUGAAUUCCUUUCAAUGUUUUCUCAGAAGAUGAGUAUUUUUCAGAAUUUUUUGAAACUGAAGUUCGAAAUUUUUUUUAUUGAAUUGUUUUGAAAGUUUUUCCGGGACUGUAGAAUGCGGUUGUAAGCCUCGCAGUUUUAUGUGACCUCUGAAUUGGACAACUCCUUCUCUGACACACACUAUUUCGUCGUUUUCUCGCAGUCUCGUAGAUAACGACGAAAUAGUGUGUGUCAGAGAAAGAGUUGUGGCGCCCUUUUGGCGCUCAAUGUCAGAGUCGCAUCACGGCGUUUCAAAUCGUGACAAAAAAAAAAGAGUUUCUGUCAUAAAUGAAAGGAGAGAAAGACGGUUGCAGCUGUCGAUGCACAGCGACGACGUGAAGCUGCGGAGCUGCCGGUCGCGACACAGGAACAAGGCCAAAAGAGAAGUUCGUGGCUGCAACAGGAUAUUCUUGCGAAGUUUCCUCCUCGCUGCACUUUGAUUCGGUCUCACCUAGUCGGUUUCGCUUCCGGAAUCCCUGCACGAUAAUAAAUGCAGUCCAAUUCCUUGUCAACUUCUUGCUUUGCUAUUUGCUCUUCCGACGGCCUGUCAAUCCGACUACGAAGUCGGGUCGCUUUAAGUGAACCGGUGCAAUUAAUAACAUCUUUUCAUCCCCAGUUUGAUGUCAACUGGUUUUUUUUUCAAUGAAAACAAACUACAGGUAUCUCUUGUUCGUCAAUUUCUCGCAUUACACAUCAUUUUUGUGUUGGUGUUCAUCUCUUUUUCGUUCGUUCCCCGACGUUUUUGUCUACUUUUUCGAAAAAUCUUUGUAUCGAUUUUUUAAAAAAACUAUUUUUUGUAAUUUGAAUUUUUCCCAACGAGCUUUAUUUUUCAUAUUUUUUGGUCAAAGUUCAAUUUUAAAUCCUUUUUUCUGGAUGAGAAGGAAAAAAGACACUUUGAUUGAUUUGUUCUCCGAUACGGACUCUAAUCCAUGAUAUCAAUGGAUUCACUUGCAGGAAGUAUCGAUGCGUCGACGGAGCAUGCCGCCGUUGAUGUAUCGGGCCUAUUAUGCAACCGACUUUCUCCGGGUUCUGUGUCGCGAAGGACACGUCAACUAUGAGACUGACGUUGUAUGUUUACGUUUUUUUUUUUUUUGAAUUGAGUUUUAUCCUAUUUUUUAUUUUUUGAGUAGCAUUUUUUUAUCUGCAAUUAAAUCUAAGCUUUUUCGGACUGGGAGAAAUGUCCAGAAAGCUGAAAAAUGAAUGAAGUAAACCGAAAUUGCUUAUUUUCUCAAAUAUUGUUUAAAAAGAUUUGAUUCGUAAAACUUUUAUUUAAAAAAAAAUUUUUUUUAAUUUUAACGAUGACUUUUACUUUGGCUUUACUUUAUAAAAAGUCCUAGCUGACGAUGGGUCACCCUCUAAGCCGUCCAUUUUUGGGACCCGAAACAGGUGCGCGAUAUAAAAUAUUCUCAUCUUUAAACCCUUUCUCCUCUAAGAAAUUUCAGAAAUCCUGAAAACCUUGUCAUAGUAAUGUCCUCUUCAUAUUUACUUUCUCACCCUUCAUAUUGAUUAAACACACUGAAUUGAAACAUUUUUCAAGUAUAUACCAUGUUUAAAGCUAGGAAGGCUUCUUUUUUGUUUUUCAUUUUCUUAUAAAACGGAAAGUUCGCGAGAAUUUUUGAGCUAAAAACAUUCAACGCGAAACAUAUUGCAGUUUUAAAUGCGAAAAGAACAGAAAAGAAAAGACGAACAAAAACAAAAUGAUUCAGCGACGGCGAAAAGUUUUCUUGUGAUUCCACUUUUUAUCAUAUUUCCAUCCCAAUCGCCACUGCUUCUAGAUUUUCUUUUUUCUUGUUCUUUUUUCACAUUAUUCGGGAAAAAUCUUUUUUUUCUUUAUUUUUUUUUUCUUCGUCAGGAAGUAUUUUGAAGGUGUCCUCGGGGCAAAAACUGUAAAGAAGUCGGUCGCAAAAGAUUUCACGAUUUUUUUGCACUCGAAAGUAAUGGAAUGAAGUCGGAGAAAGGCCCCAAAUCCCAGCUGUUGACGAGUUAGAACGGACCAGAGAUAACGAAGAGACAAGCCGCAGCAGGUAGCCGACAGAAGCCGAAGGACAAACAGCCGACCCUUAUUAGGCUUCAUAACAGUCAUAACCGUCGGAAAUGUCGCGCCUUUUCUUCUGUCACAACACUUGGCUAUAUAUCUCUAGUGACUUCCCAACGGCUCUCUUUUCUCUUUUUGUUGCAGUCGACUUCCUCAGUUUAGGUUACUUUUCGCUGUUCGAAGAAACUUGAAAGGUCGUCCAUACGUUUUCGAAUUAUUCUCAGUUCCGAGUUUGUUUAGCUAUUUUAAAUCUUUAUCUUUGUUCUUUCUCCCAAGGACAGUUUGGUGAGGCUCAAAAGCGAAAAGUAAUGCUCAUGAAAUAUUAUCAACUUCUAGAGUUGUCUCCGGAUCCAAUUUCCUUCUUUCCACAAAGGCUUCCUUUUAUAAUCUGUUCGAAAAUGCUCGCUAUUUUUGAAAAUCCAGGGUUAAUUGGAAACGUUGCGCUUUCAAACACUGCGCAAAUUUUCAUAGUCUUCUUGGUAGAACAAGUUUGAUGCCUCAAAAGCACAUUUCAUUCAAAACAAACAAUGCCGAGUUCAAAGUAGUUCGCGCGAAAUGCUAAAUUAUCUCUGACUCUCCGAAAUUUUGAUAUAUUUUUCUUUCUCUGAUGAUUCUUCUGGAUUUCGCGAAAUCACUCUGAACACGGCAUAAAAGUUUAUCACUUUAAAUCAUUUUUUUGUCUCAAUUUAUGCUCUCAAGUUCAUGAGGUGUGUUUUUCACUAUGAGACCUUUUUUCCUCACUUCGAAGAAAUCGUAAAUAUUUUUGUGCAAGAUUCCGUUUAUUUUCUUCACUCGAAGUGGUAGCUCUCUCAGUCGGCCGAGGCUACCCUAGAGUGUACACGGUGUCCGUGCCCGAGCCCCACCAUCAUCGCCGUGCCCGUACCCGCAAAACUGAGGGAUCAACUUGUGGAAGAGCGAGGAGAAGGACCGUAAGACCAUGCUUUCAAUUCGAUCGACUACACGUUUUGACUUCUUUUUCGCCAAAGGCGGUGUUAGUGCCGCUCAAAAGAGCAAUUUUUCACCGCCUAGUCGAUACCAUCUGACUAAAACAACCAAUAAAUUUUGUAUUGUAUUGUAUAAGACUGUUUCUUCCGUCCAACUUUGGCCCUUUCAUUAACGGCCUCACUCUGACACUCGUUUUCUACAAAAGCGGCCAUUAUCCCGUCUUUCUCAUCAAUUUUCUCGCUUCGAAGGUUAUACAAUCGGGCGCCAAGUGUUUGCCGAACAUUGGGUUGUCCAGAAGGCAGACGAUCAAGAACCGGUAAGACUGUCAAAAGCGCCUAAUGUCUCUCCUCAAUCAAAAAGUAUUUAAUUGCGGUUUUGCCAGGUGAUUUAUUCGUCAUUGAUGGUAUCGUUACCGCUGCCUUUCAUUAAAAAAUGCCGUCGUUGGAUUCUUGCCUUACAACCCUUAUCCUGUUCCUCGCCUUCUAGCAAAAGUAGAAAAAAAAAACUUUUGAAGCAGAUUUUCUAGUAUUUGAAGCUAACUUUUCGAUUUAUUAUAACAUUUAUUGAGGAAAAACUUAUAUGACUUGACCGUUGAUUGGUUCUCGGUAACCUCAAGCAAGCUGUUUUCUCAAAAUAUUUAAUGGCCUUUCCUUCUUUUUUGUAAUUUUUUUGUUUUCAGAAGUAUAAAAAAUUCGAAUGUACUGUUCCACCUAUGAUCAGCUGAUAGUCAACUUUUUCGAUUCUUUUUCGAGUGAGCGAUUCGACCGGAAGAACCGGAAGGCUUCACGUUUCACAGAUGUCGGCUCCUGUUCUUCUGUCUGUUCUUUUUCCUUGUCAUUUUUCGCGCUUUCUCUUCUUCGAGCAAACAUAUAUCACCGUUGUGAUUGCGGCGUCGCGUGGGAAACGUUUUGAUUCGUCAGAAUUUGGAGGAUUUUGUUUUCAUCUGCUUUCUUUCAAAACUAAAUUUAACUCUCUUUUUUGAAUUUUCUCUUGGGUCUUGAGCGCUAUUCUUUAUAAGGAAAAUGUUCAAAAUAAUUUCAAAGCAAGAAAUCCCGUACAGAAUUUUCUGUUCUCUAACUUUUCCGUUGCGUAUCAUUUUUCCCAGUUUGAAAGCAUAUCUUGUCGCCGAAGCGUCUACGCUGCGAAGAGAAAAAUUGUUUUGCAAGAAAAUGCCAAAGUCCGUGUCCCCUUGAAAAUAGUCUGUCCCUUAUCGAAGUUUGUGAUAGCGUUGCGCUACUUGUUAAGCUUCUCGAUAAUGACCCAACGAAGAUAUUUCGAACAGAACGCUUCACGAGUUUCCCAGAAACAAGGCAAAAUAAGACAUUUUGUACUGGUAAUAAUGCCAUUCUCUCUACUUGUUUUUUCUGGUCUCUAGUUCUAUUUUUAGGUACUAGGUUACAAGCACUUUAGAGCUCUGGCUCCAACAAUUAAAAAACUGGAGCUCUGGCUAACCAUAUAGCUAGGCUUCUGCUCAACUGCGUCCUGACAUCAUUCGUAUAUUUAAUUUGAAAAAAGUUUUCAAAGUCUAAGAUUUUUUUAGGUUGAUGUAGUAAUGAUGAAAUUAUUGAAUCUGCAUCUUCUAGUCAUUGAAAAUAAAAACUCACCAUAACUUUGAAAAAAAAAUGAAUUUUUGGGCCUUUAAAAUCCCAGCCAGCGUUGCUGAACGUACUAGACCACAUUUUUGAUUUUUAUAAGGGUGCAUAGACGAUCUAUAAUUUUGAUGUAACUUUUCUUAUUUUCAAGAUUUUUUGAAUGAGAAAACGGGAAAACUGAUUCGUUAUAUAAAAAAUACUCUUUGUAAAAACAUCAAACACGACAAAAAAUCCCUUAGUUUUUUCAACUCCUGCAGGAUGUUUUUGAAAGUUUGACCGGUUCGACUGCCUCAUGGAUCGAAACUUGGAAGCAAGCGCCAUUGAUGGCGGCGCUGGUGCACGAUAAUGAGUCCGGAGAACUCGGCGAUAGAUAGGCAGUCUGCCAUUUUGGGCGAGAUGUCCCUAAUCGCCCAAAUUAAUCUGUCAACCUGUACGCGCGAGUGUAACAGAGGCCGCCGCGACUAGAUUUCCGCCUCUACCGCCAAAAAUGUUGUGGUCGCCGUGGCUAUUGUUGUUAUUUAUACUAGAUCAGCUUCAUCCACCUUUCACUUUCUUCUUCUUCUAUUUUUCCCUUUGGCCAUUUCAUUUCUUCUUGAACUGGGGAACUGUAAAAUCAAAUUUCGAAUUGUUCUAGUACGGUCUUACUAUUUUUCAGUUUUCGUCUCAUUUGGCCGUUGAAAAUCUUGUUUUUAUGCUCAGUUAGUUCCACAAGUGUUGCUUUGUCCUCUUGGUUCAGAACCGAAAUAAUUUGACUUUUGAAAACUUUUCUAGCCAGGGGACUCCCACAAACUUUUUGAAUUAACUUUUUCUCGCCCUUUUUUCGGUUUUAACCUCGAGGGUUUUCUCACGACAAUGGUCUUUUAACCACGUUGUUUCGGCACAGAGACAGAGGUAUUAUACUUUUUUGGAGGUUCCUGACAAUUUAUACAGCUUUGAACUCAUUUUUUUUCGCCUGGAAGGAAAAAAGAAGUUUAUUUAUCCUUUCACUUGUCGAAAAAGUCUGACCUCAAAAAAGGGCGGCUAAGCGAAAAGGAAAGACUCGCUAAUACGUUAUCACCCAUCCGCGGUUUUUUUUUUCCCGUUGCUUUGGACUUUCCUUUUUUUCCAAUAAUAUAAAAAGCCCUUGUUAGAAUGUUUCUCGAGCGCUUUGUUUAAUUUUUCCUAGUUUUUUUAUCUGAUUCGCGAGGAAACGACGAACAAUAUCUUAAAGGAAAGUGUUUUUUUGAAAAUAAGUCGCAAAACUGUUUUGAAAAAUUUCGGUUAAUAUUUUUUCUGUCUUUGCAGAUUCAUUCCUUCUCAUGAUGAGGAAGAAGGGAAGUAUAAAAAAAUUUUUGAUUCGAUUAAAAAUUUUUUUGACUGUACAUUUUUCUGGACUGUGGAUGCCUCAAAGCAUUCGAAGAUUAUAAAGAAAAACUUCCAUUCAAUUCAAUUAAUCACUUUAUUUUCGCAACAUCGGGAUGACAUGAGCGAAGUUCAUCGUAGGUAAAAUUUAAUUUCAGGUUGUGAAAUCACUUUUAAGUUUUAAAAUUGGCUUCUCCCUUUUUGAGAAAAUGACUCGAUUUUUUCAGCUGAAAGGAGAUUUUUCUCGACGCGUUUUGCAUUUAUUCAGUAUCCCAGUUUUAAUCCUGAGUUUUUCAGGACACCGGCGAGCACGUGGGAAUGGAAAUCCGUGGAAUGUCCCGUCCUGACUCCGUCAUGCAACUUGCGCGAAAGUUUGGCGAAAUCUCAGCUGCACAGGUUUCAGAACUCGAAAAAAUAAAAAUAAAAAAAUAAGAUGAUCGUAUUUGUUCUUGAGAGCCAAUCUAACAAAGAAGGAAAAUUUAUUCAAUUUAUUAGAAACCUUUCGAAACGCUUGCCUAAAAACUGUAUAAACAGACAUACGUUAGAUAAAAUUGCUUGAACUUGCUACCUGUUCAGUGGCUACAGUCCUGGAGAUAUCAAUUUUUGAGAGGUUGCACGUGAAAGCUUUUUCCCAAAUUCAAACUUUUUUUUAGAAAAAUUAUGCGCAGCUAGCGUACGUUAAAUUCUUCCCUCAAAAAGGACGAUAGACGAUUCUCAAGUUAAAUUGGAAAAAUAUUUGAUUUAGAAAAAAAUUUAUCAUAACGUCCUCAGUUUUUCAACCCAGCCUAAACAUAAAUGGAGCAGAACAAGUCUGCGCCUAAGAAGUCGUCUUUUUUCGUCUUUUUUCAUGUAUGUUUACUUAUCAUGCUUUUAUUCGCAGGAAAACGACCUCCACAAAUCGCGCACUUCACUUCUCGACGGCAAAGAAAACACGAAGAAAAUCAUGCUGAAAAAAGGUUUAGUGGGCGUUCCGCGCGUUGAUCAAAUAAUCACGUUACCCAAGAAAAGUUGUUGUUUUGACGUUCUAUUCGUUUUAUUUUCAAUUUUAUGGUCAUCCCAAUGAAGUUUUUUGUUUUAGCGCCGCUUCCUGUUCGUCCAAUUGGUGGGAUCGCAAGUCUGACCAUCAAAUGUGAGUUGUGGUUGUCCUUUAUUACCUGUUGUUGUUUAGUGUGAAAAAAAAAUCUAGAAGAAAAGGUGGUCAGUUUCGUCUUGAAAUGAAGCCGAUAUGUAAUAGUACAGCGCUGUAAAAAAAGAAAAAAAAGAAAGUGCCGAUUUUGUCGAAUCUCAGUUUGUUGUUUCUUUCUUUAUCUCUAGCCGCUCAUCUUUCAAGUACCUGAAUUCCAAUAUAUCGGUGGUUUCGAAAUAUACUGGAUGCUGAGAAAUUCACAAUUUUCAAGCGUAUCGAGGAUCUUGAAUUUUUUCUUUUAAAAAUUAUUUUAUGCUUCAAAUUGAAAUCUAUUUUAGAGAAGAAUAUGUUAAGUCAAUUCUCGCUCAUUUUUUCGACAUAUCCAGCGUUUUCUUUUUUGGAGCUGCCGUCUGCAAUCAGCGAAAUUUUGAAUAUUGAUCAGUGUAGAUGUAAAGUUGGAGGUGACCGAAAAACCUUUUUCUGAAAUUGUCAGUAAUUUUGAAGUCACCGCUACUCGAAGUUUUCUGCGAAUUUUUUACUAUUUCAAAUUGAAUCUGUGUUCUUGACUUUAUUACCUGACCAAUCACAUGUUGACGCAACAACUCCAAAAAGAAAAUUCAGCGAAUUUCCUUCAGAAAAUCGGUUAGGUAAACGAGAAGUCGCCGUCUUUGCGUGUUGUUGUGAGUGGCAGGAGCGAUUUCGAUGGAUCGGCUCUCGAGAUUCGAGCCGCCCGUUAUUACAAAGUGCCCCUCGGCUGCUCUUUCGUUUUGCCGCAGUUCACGUGGUCCUCGACUGCCCACCGUGUUCGCCUUUUAUCGUUUUUCUGCCACUCACAACAUCAAAAACUGUUCGGAUGCUUCAAGGUCCAUUUCAUGUGUUGAAGUCAUAGAAAUUUCCGCGCUCAAAAAUCAACCUUUACACUGGAAAAUUUUCAAAUUCAUUCUUGAAAUGGAUUGUUAAAAAAUUACUUCUCAAGUUUUUUUUUUCAAAAAUAACUUCAUAUUUUGUUGAAGUUAUUUUUUUAUUUAGUAGCUGUGUUCGAGAAGGUUUAUGUGUUUCAUAUCUAUCCACGUUAGUUGAAACUAGAUUAUAUUCAAAAUGUUCGGUGGUCAAAUUUCUCUCAAUGUGGCACAUUUUUUUACUUUCUCUUUUACACUGGAAACAUAUUUUUGGCAAAAGCAUGAACACCAGCUCGAAGAAUAUUUUUCUUGAAAUGUCUGCUUCUUAAAGUGUUAACUUUUUUUCACAAAGCUUUUGAGAAAUCUUUUUGCAGCUGAGCCGAAGAUGUCGAGGCCGAAUAUGUUCAAGCAGAUGGAGAAAGUCGGCGCUGGGUGA